AUGUCUACCAACCGACCCUUCCUUUCUAACUUCCUGGCUGCUUUCCGAGCCCAGUCUACCUUUAAACCAACUCAGCAAUCAUCUACCUCUUCGUUAUCACCCUCCUCGAUCUCUCAGAGUGCUCGCGCCCUUGCUUCUAAAGCCGCAGGUUCCGGCUCGGGUCCAUCAGCCUCGUCAUCUCAGUCUCAGUCUCAGACAACUCAGCAACCUGCAUCGUCAAAUGCGAAUGCGAAUGGAAAUGGAAAUCCAGCUUCAACCUCCACAUCUUCCCAGCAUCGCCAUACCCAUCAUUAUCAUCACUCCUCAGAAUCAUCUUCACCUCCAACUCCUGCAUCCUCAACCCCAAUACCCAUAAAUAGCGGCCCAGCAGAUCGCCGUCGUCGUGGAAGCGAUAGUUCCAGUGGUUCGGGUGGAUUCCGGGAUGCGUUAGGUCCGGAGAAAUGGUAUAUUGGAGGACGGACACCAGCGGGCGAAGAGAGGUUUUAUAGAUUAGGGAUGGUGACAACAGGAGGUGGGAGAUUAGGUGGCGGAGGAAGAGUUGGGAGUAUCGAUCAGCUGAGUUUGUGA